GUAUUUCAUCACUUUAAUAAUAAUAAUCUAAAGAGAAUUUGUUAUAAUAACCUAUUCAUCACACUAAAAGUACACCUAUACUUCUCAGUAAAUAAAAAAAUACUAACAGCGUAAUGAAUACAAUGAAAACAGGCCAAAAUGAAAUCAAGACCGUUGAGAUACGUCGCCAAAUACAAAUCCUCUACCGAAGCUACCUCGACGCUAGUGUCCCACAUCGUAGCCUGCGCUGGACAAUCUUUUCCUUCUUGUGCUUUUUUUAUCUGAUUCGUGUGCUGACGUAUGGUGGUUUUUAUGUCAUUACCUACGCGUUAGGAAUCCACAUUUUAUAUCUGUUGUUGAUGCUCAUUACGCCGCUUGCCGAUCCGGAGGAGCUCGCGACGGACGAAGCGCAGCUCCCUAUGCGUGAAGCCGACGGUGAGUUUAAGCCUUUUGUUCCAAAAGUUCAGGAGUUUAUAGUCUGGAAGAGUAUGAUGAAGGUGAUUUUGUCUUGUCUGGUACUUGUGAUGUUUCCCUUUUUAGAUAUCCCGGUUUAUUGGCCAAUACUGCUUGUCUAUUUUGUGGUUCUGUGUAUUACGCAAAUGGGAGGACGUAUUAAACAUAUGAUUCGCUAUAAAUACGUACCGUGGAAUGCAGGAAAACCAAAAUACGUUCCCAAGAGCAAUGUCUGAUGAGGUAUACACACGCACCGAUAAAUAAAAUGGAAAGGGAGAAAUACUCCGGGUAUUGUUCAGAAAAUUAGAAAGAAUGUCUGUGUCUGUGGGUGAGAAAGGAGAAGUCAAAUAAAAAACGUAAUAAUAUGUAAGUGGAGUAGCGCGUUAAUUUAUUCUUCUCUUUAAGAGUUGUUUUUUUGCUAUAUUAUUUCAAUGUCUUUGACUAUGAAAAAUAAAACUUGGCGUUUUAGCGUCUUCCUCUUCCUGUCUACUAAUGUUAUUAUUAUGUGUCUUGCUUAAAUGAGUUGGAACCCAAACCUAAAGGUAGACGCACUAAAACCUUUGACCGAUAUGAAUUGUCUAUGAUCUUUGAUGAGCAAUCCUCCAUAGUAAA